AUGAAGUUGUCCCUUACUCUUGUGGGACUUGGGUGUCUGUCGAGUCAGGUUUUAGCCAAUCGCGAGGGCGACAUCAUCGAAGAACAUUUGGGGAAGAGAACUGCGGUUGGUAUUGGCUGUACCUGGUGCUCUGCCGGACCAUGGAAAGUCAAUGAAGGUAAGAUUUCAUUUCCUUCAACCCAUGUAAGAAUCUAUGAGCUCACAUGAGAUAGCGUGUGCUACGUAUGAAUACUCGGCUGUGGCAAGUAGUAUGAGAAAUCCGUAAGCGAGCCGUCCUGUCUGUAUAAAUGGUGGUAGAUGAGAACUAACGAAAUUUGGGCCAUCGACUGUUAAGUUCGAUGCGACGGCUUUUUGCUCCGAGUUUUUGAGACCCGUUGUUACGCAGUUGUCUGUGGUUAGUGUUACGAGUCCAGUAACGACGAGUACUUCGACGGUUAUUAGUAUUGUCACUUUUAAGUCUGCUUCUACAGCGUUAGUUGUUUCUGUCACCCACCCCUUCGUUUUCUCUUCGCUCCUUCGCUAUCUGAAAAGCCGAAAGCUUGUUCUCGAAAUUUGCAUCGAAGUAUCGGAAGCAUUUUUCUCUUUUAUCUUUUGGGUUUCUUCUCUCCAUCCAAGUUGGUAUUAAUAUUUGCAGUACACCUUCCCCAACAACGAAGCCCGUAACCCCCAAGACACCAGCUCCCCAAUUACCAGCCAUAACAGCAACGCCCAAAAAAUAUGCGGUACCCGUCUUGAAGAAGCGAAGCUUUACAGUUCCGGAAUAUUUGGAGCCCUGGUACUUCUAUGGAAGGUUGGAUCCUGGGUGUAGCUGUUUGAUCACAAGUGCGGCGCCCAGUCUGUUGGUUAGUGCUACGGAAACUACCACGGCUUAUGGGAUUACUGUUGUGAGUGUUUAUUCUCCUGUUUGAUUUUCAGGAGGGGGGUGUGAUUGUGCUGAUGCUUUUGCAGAGUACUACUGUUACGGAAGUGUAUACGAUUUAUCCUGAUAGAUGAGAUGGAGAUUGUGAAUAAGAGAGUGGGAGUGGUAUUGGCUCUGGUGUAUUUAACUUUGUGUGAGGCGUUUCUAAAUAGACUCAUACUGCCAUGAAA